AUGGCCUUGACUUUCGAGCAAUCCAAGAUUGUGCGGGGAUCUAUUCCCAUGCUCAAGGAGCAGGGUGAGAGAAUCACUGGCCUCUUCUACUCUACCAUGAUCACUGCACAUCCCGAACUCAGGAACAUGUUCAACCUCGUCAACCAGGCCAACCGCCGCCAGCCUCGCGCCCUCUGCUCCGUCAUCCUCGCCUUCGCCUCCAACCUGAGCCACACCCACGAGCUCAUCCCCAAGCUCGAGCGCGUCUGUCACAAGCACUGCUCCCUCGGUAUCCGCCCAGAGCACUAUGACAUCGUCGGCAAGUACCUCCUCCAAGCCUUUGCGGAGGUUCUCGGAUCUGGAUGGACACCUCAGCUACACGGUGCCUGGUCCAAGGCAUAUUCCAUCCUUGCUCGCAUGCUCAUCGGUCGGGAGGUCUCCCUCUACAAGGACUUUGGCGAGUGGCAAGGCUGGCGCAGCUUCCGUAUCCAUAAGAAAAUUGCAGAGACGGAGGACAUCUACUCCUUCUACCUCGUACCUUCUGAUGGAGGCAGCCUGCCUUCCUUCGUCCCAGGCCAGUAUAUUUCUCUCCGUAUCAUGAUCCCAGGCAAGGGUCAUCUCCAGCCCCGUCAGUACUCUCUCUCCGAGACCCCCCGGCCAGACUACUACCGGAUCAGCGUCAAGCGGGAUAGGGGCGUCCAGGUCGGCAAGGGCGUUGAUGCCUUCCAGCUACGACCGGGCAUGGUCUCCAACGAGCUCAUUGACGACUACGCCGCCGGCGACACUGUAGAGGUCACUCACCCGGCCGGUGACUUCAACUUUGACACACAGUGUUACAGCACCAUGCCCGUCGUCCUCAUCUCCGCCGGCUCCGGCGUCUCCCCAUUGACCUCUAUCCUCAACACCAUCGUCGACAACCAACCCGAUCGCCCCAUCAGCUGGAUCCACUGCUCCGCCCGCAGAGCUCCCUUCGAGGACCACGUCCGCUCCAUCGCGAGGGGCAGGCCCAACUUCGCCAUGCGCUUCUUCCGCAGCAAGGUCGCCGAGGUCGACUACCGCAGCGGCACCGCCCGCGGCGAGGGCCUCAGGAUGGACCUCGAGCGCAUCGACCGCGAGCAGCUCCAUCUCGACCACGGCGCCGCAGAGUACUACAUCUCCGGGCCCGAGGCCUUCAGCUUCGACAUGUCCAAGUUCCUCAGGGGCCAGGGCGUCGACCCGCAGCGAAUCAGGAACGAGUGGUUCACAACCGGUGAGGUUGCAUAG